CGUCCGUCCACGCGCGCCGGAAGGGGUGGGCCGCCGCCGCCGCCGCCGCGCACCAUGGCCUCCCGCGGGUUGCUGGGCAUCCUCCUCCUCUCGGCCGUGCCCCUGCUGUGCGUGGCGCUGCGACGCGCGACCCCGGAGUUCGGAAUUAAAGAUAUAAUUUUGCUCUGUGGCCGGAUUUUCUUACUGCUUGCUCUUCUUACGUUAAUUAUUUCUGUGACUACCUCAUGGCUGAACUCUUUUAAAUCUUCUCCAGUUUAUCUGAAAGGAGAAGAGGAGGAGAAUGAGAAAAGGCAAAAACUUGUGAGGAAAAAGCAACAAGAGGCUCAGGGUGAGAAGGCCAGCAGAUAUCGAGAGACUGUUUUAAAACCUCAGCAGGAAAUGAAAUUAAGAAAACUGGAGGAGCGCUUUUAUCAGAUGGCCGGUGAAGCCUGGAAGCUGAGCACUGGCCUUAAGCUCAGGGGUAAUGAAGAUCUGAUGCAUGAAAAUAAGAGCCAGACAUCUUUUGAAACAUCAAACAGAGAAGCAGCAAGGAAACGUAACUUGCCUGAACCUUCAAUCAGAAUUUCAUCACCUAUUGGACAAUCCACACAAAAGAAGGUUCUUGAAUUACCCGAAGAACCUCCUGAAACAGCUGAAGAAGCGGUCACCAUUGCUCUCCGCUGUCCAGGUGGACGCACCCCACGGAGGCGGUUCCUCAAGUCCUGCAGUUCACAGGUCUUACUUGACUGGAUGGCGAAAGUUGGCUACCACACUUCCCUCUACAGUCUCUCCACCUCUUUUCCUCGAAGAGCCUUGCAAGUGGACGAGGGCUGGUCGCUGUGGGACGUGGGGAUAACUGUGGACACCGUCCUCAAUGUGGAGAAGAAGGUGCAGAGUGAAGAGUGACCGUUCUUCAGCAGACGCCCUAGGCCGUGAACUUACGGGCUAAUAAAGGAUCCACCUUUGACUUGUGGCAGAUGCGUUAGCUCCUGCAGCUCACCAGGGAGAGAGGAAUGAGGGGUUAGGAAAGGGUGGCUGUAGGGGCGCAGUACAGUGGGUGGGGCUCUGGCCUUGCAUGCACCCACUGGCUUUAAUCCCCAGCACCCUCUGAUCCCCUGAGCCCCACCAGGCUGAUCCCUGAGCACUGAGCCAGGAGAAAUUUAAAAAAUACUAGAAAGGCUUGCCAUUCCACGCCUUGCCAGCCUGAUCCUGCAUAUAAUCUCGUAAUCAUGUAAUCUUGUAAUUGGUUCAAGUGCAUUUUACAGUGUUUGGGGGAAUGUGUGCUGAGGUGAGGAGAUUAAUUAUUAGAUCUUAAUUUGAUUAAUUGAAUGUUUUGGUCUCCAACAUGUGUUUUCCAGAGGAUCUCAGGGAUCAGUAACUGCCACCUCUUCAGUUAGUCGUUUCCCACUUAACAUUAAACAAUUUUAGCUCUUCAGAGUCUCCGAGAAGGGAUAUUUAUUCUCUAGGCCAACCACCUUGGCUAUACCGUAAUGAGAGAUUUGGGUCAGAAAAACUCCCGUUCCCCCUUCCCCAAGCCCAGCAAAUCAUUCCUGGACUUUGACAGAUUACGUUAAAAUAAACUUACAUUUUGGGGAAAUUUCAUUUGUGGUAAAUAAUUAGGACAAGAAACUUCCAGGACAUUUUCCCCAGGAUGAGGGCGUCCUUUUGCAUGACCAGUUUUUUCUGGCAGGUUUCCGAACUACUGAUCUUUGUUCAUCAGGAUUCUGUUCAGAGAUUCAGCAAGCUUCCACUGGUAUUUGAAACAGACUCCAAUAUAAAUAGGGAUCAAAACUGA